ACACACCUCGUAGUGUUGUGGUUAGCACACUCUAAGCCAACCGAGAAAGCCCGGCUUCAAGUCCCGGGGGCGGCGAGGCAAAUGGGCUUGCUUCUUGAUGUGUAGCCCCUUGUUUACCGAACAGCAAGUAGUACGGGAUGUAACCUGAAUGGCUAUGUGUAUCGUAACACACGCCUGUCAUCCAUACACCUGUCAUUCAUGCAUCUGUAAUCAAUACUUGUCAUAUUCACCUGUCACAAUUACGCUCGUUUUUCAUAUACCUAUCAUCCAUACACCUGCCUUCCACUUUCCUACUAUCUGUUCACCUCUUUUUUAUAUACCUGUCAUCCAUACACCUAUAAAUACACCUAUCCAUACACCUAUAAAACAUACACAUCCACACAUUGUUAGUCAUCUUUUCAAACCAGAGCUGUAUAGUUUAUCUUUCUUUUAGUGCAGACAGAUUUCUGUAAUGAGUUUAAUUUCUAACAAAUAGACCAAUAACAAUUAAAGUACUUGAAUAAAUCUAAAAGAAACCCUGCUUUUAAGAAUUCCACUCCACGCACACGAGAGGCAAACGUUUGCGAGUAAAACGAGAAGAGUCGUGUUUAUUCCGCUGUCCAGUUCCUUUCAGUGUUCGUCUUCCACUAAACACUCUAUACACACACUUACCUGCCGCAUGUGUGCCGUGGGGGGAGGAGCAGGCUGUGAGGGGUCGGGGGAGGAAGGGGACGAGAAACAUAAAUAUUGGGCUGCAGCAGCCACCAGCAUCAUUCCAGCACCAGCUUUGCUCUAACUACCUUACCUGCCUGCCUGCCUACAGAGCAAGUGUGUCCACAGCCAGCUGUCUGUCUGCACACACACACACACACACACACACACACACACACACACACACACACACACACACACACAGUCUCUGACCAACACUUGAAGGUUUGUACAAAGAACACAAUCACUUCACCUCAGGGUUACAAACAAACAACAAACAACAGCAAACAGUCAAUGCUUUUGACCACUAAGGACAGAGAGGCCUUCCCCUUCCCGCCUCCCGCCACUCCCUCCCAGACAGUGCCUGCAGCCUCCCCCCCAGCCACCCCCUCCUGACGUAGCUUCUUCUCCUGCAGGAUGCGCAGCGGUGUGUUCGUGGCCGUGCUGGUGUUGGUGGUCCUCGCUGCCUUCCUUACCCAGGGGCAGGAGCUUCAUGUUCCCGAGCGUGAGGCCGUUGCCACCUUGGCGGCACGCAUCCUGAAGGUGGUCCACGGCCCGCAGGAGGCCGCCGCAGGUCUCCCUCACAAGCGCAACUCUGAACUCAUCAACUCGCUGCUCGGCCUCUCCCCACUGAUGAACGAGGCCGGCAGACGGUGAUGGGCGAGCCCUUCGCCCCUUCCCUGCUGCAGGCUGAGGCGGGUCGUCGCCACCCUGCUGCAGGCCUGUCCCUUCCAUCACGCCUCGCAUCACAUAUUUAAAGAAUAAACUUUAUAUUUU